AUGUCGAUCGAGAGCUUCGAAGACACAAACGCCAUGGCGUCCAUGCUCAAAGCGCUCAUGAAGCAUCCAUACUCACGCGUCCCCGUCGACGCGGAGAAAGAUGCAAUGCUGGCCCAGGCAACGACGACGUGUCGCAGCUCCGACGAAGCCGCCGAGACGAGCAGUCAGUCUUCUGGCGAGACGGUCUGCGAGACACCACCCACAAUUCCGCACCGCGAACGCACGCCAGUCAACGCGCGGAUCGUCUCGGACGCCAUCAUCGGGCUCUCAGACGGCCUGACCGUCCCCUUUGCCCUGACGGCCGGCCUCUCUGCUCUCGGGAACACCAAAGUCGUGGUAUUUGGCGGCCUGGCCGAGCUCAUCGCUGGAGCCAUCUCCAUGGGCCUGGGCGGAUACUUGGGCGCCAAGAGCGAAGAAGCCGCCUACAAUGCUACGUACCGAUCCACGCGAACACAGGUCCUCGAAUCGAGCGGCAGCCUAUCUUCAGAAGUCACGUCUAUAUUCGCGCCCUACCAUCUCCCGCCCUCGCUGCUCAAGGACUUCACGCAUCAGCUCAUCACGUCCAACAGUCCCGACGCCGUGGUGGACUUCCUCAUGCACUUCCAGCACAACACGCCCGAACCCGCGGCAAGCCGGGCAGUGACAUGCGCGCUCACCAUCGCGCUGGGCUACUUCAUCGGCGGCUUCGUGCCGCUCGUGCCGUACUUCUUCACCGACCACGUCACGCACGGACUGGCGUGGAGCAUCAGCGUCAUGAUCGUGGCGUUGUUCGCGUUCGGCUAUGUCAAGACCGGAUACGUCGAAGGCUGGAGAGGAUGGCGUUGCGUGCGAUGCAAUCUCUGGGGCGCGGCACAGAUGGUCAUCAUCGGUGGCGCGGCAGCCGGUUGUGCCAUGGGCGUCGUUCGCCUGUUCAGCUCUCUGCAACUAUAA